AUGCAGCUGAUCGAACUGAUGCGUCAGCUGGGCAAGGUGCAUGACUAUGAGGUGGAAAAGGAUCCCCAAAAUGGUGGCGUAAUGCCACUGCUUGAGCCGCCCGCACAGAGCGACAUGAUCGAGAACAUUGCGAAUCUGGAGGAUGGCACUGUCUUUGCCAGCCACGUCAACUUUCUGAACUUCAGCAAGAGCGAACAGCCGCGUCCCAUCUACAUCAAUAUGGUGCGCGAUCCGGUCGAUCGGGUGAUCAGUUGGUACUACUAUAUACGCGCCCCAUGGAUCUUUGUGCCCGGCCGCAGGCGCACCAAUCGGGAAAUGCCCAAUCCCAAGUGGGUGAACACCGAAUACGAUCAGUGUGUGUUGAGUGGCGAGAAGGUGUGCACCUACAUCGAGGGUUCGCUGCUGGAGCACGUGGGGGAUCAUCGCAGGCAGAUUCUAUUCUUCUGCGGCCACGAUGAGUUCAAGUGCACACCCUUCAACUCGCGUCUGGCCCUGCAAUUGGCCAAGCUAAAUGUGGAGCGGGAGUACGCUGUUGUGGGCACCUGGGAGCACACGAACGAGACACUUGCUGUCCUGGAGGCCUACGUACCCCGCUACUUUGCAGACGCAACCAAAAUGUAUUACUCGGGUCUGCAUGCGGACAGGCAGAACGAUAACCCCAUGAAGCCGCACAUCUCGCAGGAUAUUAUCAAUAUUGUACGUCGGAAUUUUACGCGUGAAAUCGAAUUCUAUCAAUUCUGUCGCCAGCGCUUGCACAGGCAAUAUAUAGCCCUGAAACUGAACGAUCUGAGGCGCGUGGACAAGUCCUUGGCUCAAUUGGAAGCGGCCAAUGAAAUGCUCAAGCAUCUGAGCGCAAUGCGUCUGAAUAAUACACGCAAUGCCGAUAUCGAUGUGCUGUUCUUCAAUCGUGCCGCCAAAGUGGGCAGCGAGGCACUGUUGGAGCUGCUGCAGGCACUGGAAAACUAUCACGAUGAUUUAAUACUGGAUAAGACGGGUCUCGCCAAGCCCACUUCGCGUCAGUUGAUGAAAGACGCUCAGCGUGAAAUGGCUGAAUAUGUGGCUGAUCUGGAGGAGGGCUCCAUAUACAUAGAGCACAUCAAUUGGCUGGAUUUCGAUGAGUUUGACCAGCCCAAGCCGAUCUAUAUCAACAUGGUGCGAGAUCCCGUGGAGCGGGUCAUCAGCUGGUACUUCUAUGCACGCAGCUCGUACAAGAAUGCCAUCGAGUACCGCAAAAAGCCCAAUUUGAAGAUCAAGAAGGAGUCGUGGUACAAGAAGAACUUCAAUGACUGUGUGAAGAGCGGUGAUCCCGAAUGCCAGUAUAUACCCCACACGGUCAAGGAUGCUGUGCCCAAUUUUAAGAGACAAACUCUGUUCUAUUGCGGCCACCACGAUGAUUGUAUUCCCUUCAAUUCGGCAACUGCCGUGCAAAUGGCCAAGGAGCACGUGGAACGGGACUAUGCAGUCGUGGGCAGCUGGGAGGACACGAAUAUUACGUUGACCGUCUUCGAGCGCUAUAUACCGCGCUUCUUUCGCGGCGCCAAACUGAUGUAUGAGAUGAACAAUAACAGGAUUGUGAAUCGGAACAAGAACAAACGCAAGCCGUUCAUAGAGCCCGAGGUGAAGGCCAUGAUUCGCAAGAAUUUCACCAAUGAGUACGAGUUCUAUUACUUCUGCAAGCAGCGUCUGUACAAGCAGUAUUUGGCACUCAAUCUCAACGAGCUGGAAGCUCAUGGACUGCUGAAUUAGUUGGGCAGACAGGGGCUAGACUUUAGCUGGUGAUAUAUUCCAUACAUACAUACAUACAUAUAC